UUCUUUUCAUAUUACCUAUAUCUCCAUUGCUAUACUGUCUUCAACUUUCUAAACCCUCUACUUAUUUUCCUUUUUGAUUUACUAUUCACUAUGGCCACUGAGCUUCCUGAUUUUUUUAUUUACUACCCUACCUUCCAUAUCCUUAUUUGUAAGGAAUGCCAUACUGCUCUUCCUAAGAAUAAGGCUGUGGAACACCUUAGGAAAGACCAUUUGAUGACUCAACAUCAAGUUAUUAACCUUGGCUAUCAGGCUAUCAUUGAGAGGCUUGAUAUCUUCCCUCUUACUAGGUCUCUUCACCAAAUUCAGAAUGACCAGCCAAUUGCUCCCAUUAAGGGAUUGAGCUCUUUUCAAGCUAGGGAAUGUAGUGCUUGUGGUGAGCUCUUUCAAUCCAUGGACAAAGCUAAUCGCCAUAUUACCAAGGCCCAUCAGCACCAGAGAGGUCAUGCUCAGUAUCCUACCAUUAUAGAUACUCUGGCCCAGGCAUUGCAGCCAAAUCGUUACUUUUUCAAAGUGCGGCUUCCAUCUCACCCUCUAGGGGACCAUGCUCCUACUAGGGCAGGCACCUCUAGUCCUUCACCAACCCCUGGCCCAUCUCAGCCACACUAUGCCCACCACGCUAGGGUGGUUGAGUCUAGUGACUCUGACAUUGAGAUGGUCUCUGCCAGGGAUGUCAAUACCUCUCUGAGAGCCCCUUCUGCCUUUGGACCCUCUGCCAGUCUUCCUACCAGGCCUGGUUCUUCGUCGCAGCCUGACUCUGGCAUCACCCCAGAUCUGGUGGAUUCCCUGCUCCGUCAGUACCAGGAAAUCCAGAAGCCCCAGCCAGAGCAAGCCAAGAUCUAUCUCUCUGGGUCUAGGGAUGAGCUCAAUGGAUUUCAGCUCCACACCAGGUAUCCAGAGUUCCUGCAGCAACGCUCCCUCCCAAAGCUAAGAAAUCUCUUCUCUCUAUCCCUAGAGCAUUCUGAUCGAAUCCAUGAUUUCCUGACUGCCUGCACCACCUAUAUAUUCGCCAAAGGCCAGAAGAUCAUCCCUCUCCUUUCUCGCCAUGUUCGAUGCCUUCUCAAUAGUUUUGACAUUGAGCAUGUGACUCUGCGCCCUUUCAAACCCCUCCAGGAGGCAGCCAGUGCCCAGAAAUAUGCCCGCGUGCUUCACAGCUUUCUCGUUUUUCUGUUGGAGAGCUAUCCCUACCAGGUCACUAGGGGGCCUAGGGAUAGGGACCUGAAUCGACUCUAUGCUAUAGAUCACAUGGUCAAGGCGGGGAUUCAGGAGCUCAAGGACCUGCUACUAUCCCCCACCCUAGCGGAAGAGGAUGAGGAGGCACCAAAGGCCUCAGGCCCCUUGCAGGCAGGCAGUGCCCGUGCCUAUAUUGGUGAUGACCUUGAUGGUGAGAAUGAUGAAGAGGAUGAGAUCGAUCUGGCCCUGGACCUAGGGGGGGAUGAUGGUGAGGAAGAUCUUGAGGACUCUGGUGUUCUCGAGAAGCUCGAGCGGCAGGCCUGGCAGGCCACCAGUGGUUUUCAAUUCACUCAGGCGGCAGUGCACGAAGGGGUGGCUCUCAUUGAAAAGCUCCUCAUUGACCUGGUCACCAGGCAUGAGUCAUAUGACAUGAAGGGCCCUAUCUACGCGUUCCUGGCCUGUUUCAGUAUUCACUACCAGGAGGUGACCUUCAAGCGAAUUGACCGCAUCAGCCAGUCCUACUCUGCCGUUAUCUACGCCAUGCAGCUGGUCGCCAUCAACCACCAUUGGACCCCAUGGAUCCGGAGGAUCCUUGAAGCGAAAGAGGAUGGGCAGGACCAAGCGCUGGCUAAUGCGGCCCCAUUUCAUGCUGUCUUCGGCCCCUGGCUGCAGACCUACUUCAAGCACCAGUCUCCUUACCCCCUUGGAGAUCUUCUGUCCUUCAGAGCCUAUGCUCUCUACUACAACACGAUCUCCAGCGUGCAAGGCAACCAGGUGAUUGAACAAGCACCCCACCACCUAAGAUUCCACCAUCUUAGUGUCAGCCGUCUGCAGCUCCAGGAAUUUUUCCAGAAGUCUACCUUGGACCUGGCACACUCCCUAGUAGGCUCGCUGCUGAUCUGGGAGGAUGCCCAGCUUUUCAACCAGAUCCAGCUGGGGGAGGCAGCUCGAUUUGAGGAUUUUGCCAUGGAGGGAAUGGAUUCAAUUUCCUAA